CUGGAGUUUGCUUCAAGCUAUCAGUUGACUUCUGUGAUUAUGGAGAUGCUGGUGUGAGGCCUCCAGGAGACGAUGGAGAAAAAAUGGACCUACUGUGCUGUCUGCUCCAUUAUCCAAAUACAUUUCGUCAAGGGAGUAUGGGGAAAAGCACCCAAUGCAGAAGACACCUAUGCUUUCCCUGGCUCUGAUGUCAACCUGACCUGCCAAACAGAGAAGAAGGGCUUCUUGGUGCAGAUGCAAUGGUCCAAGGUCACUGAUAAAUUGGACCUGAUUGCCCUUUAUCAUCCCAAAUAUGGCUUGCACUGUGCUAAUGGCGGUCCCUGUGAGUCACUGGUGACUUACAUAGAAACUCCCAGAAAUGUGUCAAUGUGGACUCUACACUUAAGGAACAUGUCCUCCUCACUCACUGGAAAGUAUGAGUGUACCUUUACUCUGUAUCCAGAGGGUGUUCGGACUAGAAUCUACAACCUACUCAUUCAGACAAAUGUGACACAAGAUGAAUGGGGAAGCAGCCAUAUAAUGGAAGUAUGGUUAAAUCAGACUCUGGAAAUUCCAUGCUUUCAAAAUAUCUCCUCAGAAAUUUUGUCUGAGUCCACCUUUGCAUGGUUGGUGGAGGGUAAUGGAAUUCAGGAAACACGUAUCACCCAAGGUCACGCCAUCAGCAAUUCCACAUUAUUUAAAGACAGAGUCAAGCUAGGUAUAGACUAUACACUCUGCCUCUCUCCAGUCCAAAUCCAUGAUGAUGACCGGAAGUUCUCCUGCCACAUUAUGGUCAGACCUGGCAAAAUCUUGAGGAAUUCCAUCACAGUCAAGGUUUUUGCUAAGCCAGAAAUCUCCAUGAUCACGGAAAAUAACUCUACGGAUGUCUUGGGAGAGAGAACAUUUACCUGCUCCCUGAGGAAUGUAUUUCCCACAGCAAAUCUCACGUGGUUUACGAAAGGAGGCUUUCCUCGAGGUGAAAAAAAAGGCCCUAAGUGGAGUGGUCUGAGGAAGACUAGAAGUAAACAUAAAAGACCGGACUUUAUGACAAGGAACUCCACCAAGAGGCUUAAAAAUUCUUGGAGUGGAAACAUACACACUGAGACAAGUUCAGAAAUAUACAUUACAAAUGAAAAGAGAAAAGACAAAAGUGGAUUUUUGGAGCUGAAGUCUGUUUUGACAAGGGUGUAUGGUAAUAAACCAGCCCAAUCACAAAACCUGACCAUCUGGUGUACGGCUCUGUCUCCAGCCCCUGGAAAUAAAGUGUGGAAUAUCUCAUCUGAAAAGAUCACUUUUUCCUUGGGCUCCGUGAAACCCUCAGCAGAUCCUCCACUUGAAGGAGUCACAUCUACUCUUGGCACCCAACCCUCUCCAGUCAACAGCGUAUCUCCUACAAGAUAUCCAGCUGUAACUUCCACAGCCCUUGAAGACGUGGGUGCCUCGACUCCAAAUACCGCCCCACAGACCAGCAAUUCCAGUGUGACUACCCAAGGCUUCAACUACUCCUGGACCUCUAAUGGGAAAGAUACCACAAACUCAGCUUCAUGGAUGCCCAACGAAACAUAUAGUUCAUCCUCCUCAGGGGCAAGCUCAACAAUUCAUGGUGAUGUCUUCACCAGCACAGCCAGAACAUUUUCAGAAGUUCCCACAACUGCCAAUGGAUCUACAAAAAAUAUUCACAUCCAUAUUACUGGUAUUUCGGUUAAUAAACCUAAAGAUGGAAUGUCCUGGCCGGUGAUCGUAGCAGCUCUGCUCUCUUUCUGCAUAGCAUUGUUUGGUCUUGGAGUGAGAAAAUGGUGUCAAUACCAGAAGGAAAUCAUGGAAAGACCCCCGCCUUUCAAGCCACCCCCACCUCCCGUCAAGUACACUUGCAUUCAAGAGUCCAUUGGAAGUGAUUUGCCUUGUCAUGAGUUGGAGACACUCUAGUCUCUUGAGACUUUGCUGACUAGAACUCUGCUAGAAUCCUCUGAGAAGGUGGAUAUUGUGCUUUAUUAAUAUAAUUGCCCUCUAGCCAAGCCUGUACUGCAGCUGCGAUGGAUGUCAGAAGAGAAUGACCUGUUUCCCAGCAACUCAGCUUGUUUCAUCUGCACAUGCCUGAAACUGAGCAAG